CUUCGCGUGGCCAGAAGUGUCCCGGCGUGCUGCAACUGUGUUUUUGUGUGUCUGACGAUGACGAAGAUUAGUGGCAGGCAUUGAAACACAAACUCUUUUUUUGGACUGUUGCACUUCCUGAUUCUCGAUUCGGUCAUGCUCACCGACUCUACCCACAAUGCCUGUGUUUUACUCGCCCGUAGCAGAGAACCUGCAAAUGGGCCUGGCCUACAUGGGAGGAUCCGUGCUCACCAACAACAGGACGGCGGACAGUGACUUCACCAGGGACCAGGAGGAUGCAUCUGUGGUCAAUGAGCUGGUGUCUCACCUCCCCCUGCAGAUGCUGCUGUACUUCAACAUGUUUUACUUUCCCUGCUGGUGGUUCUCGUCUGUGUUCAUGCUGGAAGUCAAGUUCCACCAUCUUGCUGGUUACUACCAGGCUCUGCUCAUAACCGGCCUGGUCCUGGUCACGCUCAUCGAGGUGAUCCGCCUUUAUCUGGGCUACAUCGGCAACCUGAAAGAGAAGGUGCCAGAGCUGGCGGCCUUCUGGCUCCUUUCUUUCAUGUUCCAGCUGCCGGUGCUGCUGUUUUUCGUGACGGACGAAGGGAUUAUCAUCCUGCCUCUGGAGAGAGCCGUCCACUCCCUGUACCUUCUCUUCCUCCUCGCCCAGAUCCUCGCCUCCUUUCUGGCCCUCAGGACCAUGACCCGAAAGCUCACGCUUCUCUUCCAUCUGCGUCAGUUCGGCAGGGUGGAGAACCUCCGCCAUGCAAGGCUGAGCCCGCUCCACGGUCUCCCCUACCACCGCAGUGUGCUGCCCAUUUCACCCAGCAACGACCUGUACCGUUGAAGCACUCCAACC